UUGUUUUAUAAACAGGUUCUGGUGCCAACGGUAUGAAGAAAUUAUUGCAUCACUACUUACAUCAAAAUAUCCGAGUUCAUCUCCCAACAAAAGAAAACGACCAUCAAAGGGGAAUUUCGUCGCGAGUAGUACUCCUUCUGCUGAUCAAGUAUUAUACCAUCUAGAGCAUUAUAGAAGAAGUUGCAGGCAUAGUAUAGGUACUGGCCUUUACGUUCAUGGUAUGAUGCAGCGGGCACUGCAAUCCGCGCACUCUCACAGUAAUGAGGUCACAAAGAAACAAUUUAGCGAUCUGUUUGCACAGGCAGCGGAAGACGAUACAACAGCAGUUGGGCGACGCGGUGGAAGUGGCCGUGGGCGUAAGCAGCCUGUUGGAAAAAAGGAUGCCAACAAUCAUAGCACCACCAAUAAGAAGAAUUCUGAAAUGAUGAAAACAAUAUAUUCUUCAGAUGAAAACUUUAGUGAGGAGGAUUGGUCGAAACCUAAAAUGGCACAAGUGGCUAAGAAAAGAAAAAAAGCUAUUAAUGAUUCUGACUGACAGUUAGACUUUCAAUUGCUGUGGCCUAGUUAAUGUGACGCAGAAAAACAUUUAAAAUCCUCUUAUCGAAU